AUAAACUAGUUUACUUCUUUUACGUUAGGCAACUCCUAAAGUGUACAAAAGGAGUUGUCGCAACUGGUCGGUUUGUAAUAUCCAUGAGUUUUGCGACAAGUUGCGAGUGCACUGUUAGCCACGGAGCCACUGUGUGUGUGAUGUUGUCCCACUUCUGGUGUGAUGUGUAUGUUUGUACAUGCACCCACGACACGAGCCACGGUGGCGCAUCACUAGCUGACAGUCAGUGCGUUACUCAACUGUCACUCACUGAUCGAAAGAUUUAUCAGUAGCUACGUAUAGUUACAUACAUGAUCAACAUUAAUUUCAUGGACACGUUAGACGCGUUGGAUGCUGCAGUUGUACGUGUGACAUGUACAUUACAUCUGAAACAUCGUAAGUAGGUAUGUAGGAGUAACAGACCAAGGUGCUUCGCUCUGAACAGUAGAUGGGUACCUACUUACCUGCAUAAAGCAGUUGAAGAUAUUCUCGCCAUCGCUAGUUUGAGAAGGGAAGUAAUUUGGUUACUGGUGCUAGUGCACCACUGCGUGCCUUUUUUUUAAGAGGGAUAAUCAUCCAACCGACCCCGGAGUGUCUUCCGCGACGGCUGAGGCGUGAGGAGGUUUGUUCCCUCACGCGCUCCGCCUCCUCUUUGGCUAGCAUGAGUGCUUCGUAGAAGGAGGAGACAACAUUCCAGUCCCCCUCGCUCCGCACCAUGGCCUGAACCAAAGCCGGACGCGAGAGGUCGCCGUCGCCGAUCACAUCUCUUAGGACACGACGGGGCUCAGCCCAAGCAGGGCACACCGCCACUGUAUGCUCCACCGUGUCCUCUGGACCAUUGCGUGCCUACGUAAGUAUUAUCUGUAAAAAUAUAUAACAACGUGAAUUUCAAUUCCAAUUUGCUUGACAUCACAUCUAUUUUCCUAGUACUUAUGCGAUAGGUCGAUGUGAGAUUACGGUUGGAAAAUUCACAAAUAAUAAGCACCUAUUUUGACUCGUUUGACAGGUACCAAACUUAUUGCAAAAUUCUGGGUAAAUUUUAGAUGCUUGUGUUACUCUUGGCCCGAUCCCAGGAUGGAACCCUCCCUCAGGUUCACCUUUCUCGUUCUUUCCCACUACAACAAUGGAGUUCGCACCUAAUUUAAUUUAUUUCUACUUGUCCACGGAAACUUUAUAAGUAGCCUCUCUUCUAACGACUCCGUCAAUUAUCACUAAUCUCUUACAACUGGUUUUUCAAUGACGAGGUAGUCAUUGGUGUGAAGAGUUUAUAUGUAUCAAAGAUGAAUGAACGUUGAUAUUUACUGUAAGCCAGCGACAGUCCGCGCCCCGUGAGCCACUCGUGUGUACUCUAUGUACGUAGUUGUUUGAGGUUCAGGCAACAUGCAGUUCUGCGAGCGCGGCGGGCGGCGCGCGCGGGCCCGGCUAGCGCCCGCUACACUUGUUUACGUCCGCUCGAUUAGGGGCAGCCUACGGUCGCCUUACCUAUGAUGUUAUCUGCGAAUUAUACACAAAACUCGCUUCAUCUGUGACACCACUUGUGCGAGGUUUGAGUAAAUCACUUUAAAAUUCAAAUCCAUUUGUAGUAAGAACCUCUGUGCGUGUGCGUGUGAGGGGUGACGGAGCAUUAACUGUGUGUUUGUGAACUGUUCACUUUACGGACAUCCCUACCGGAGUGUGGCAAGUGCAAGUUGUGACUACACGACUGCUAUCUGCGAGGAAGGUAUCAGCUGACGCGGAGCAGGUGACCCUCGCUCGGGGCACGGAGCGCCGGCGCCGCCGCAAGCACACGGGUGCUACGGAUCGCGGUAUCUCCGCUGUUUGCUGUGCGCUGUUUACACAUAGGAAUGGUUUACUGAUAUCGAGAUAAUGAAUUAAAUUAUAGCGAGCAGUAGCUCGCCCGUCUGAAAGCACAGUGAGUUUCUCUCGGCCGUCGGCGGAUUCGGACGCGCAACUUACACCUACUUAGCUAAAACCUUUAUAACAAAUUAUACAAAGGAAGUCGGUGCGUACAUAAACAGAAGUAUAAUUACGAAUAGGUCGUAAGCUAGCAUGGAGGAGGAAGGUCUGCCGGUGUCGUGGCGCGGCGCGGGCGAGAAGGCGGGCGGCUGGGCGCGGCUGGCGCGGCGGCGCGUGCCGCUGCUGCGCUGGCUGCCGACGUACGACCGCGUGUCGGCGCUGGCGGACCUGGUGGCCGGCAUCACGCUGGGGCUGACGCUGGUGCCGCAGAGCAUCGCCUACGCCUCGCUCGCCAACUUGCCCGUACAAUACGGGCUCUACUCCUCGUUCGUCGGAACGAUGCUGUACGUGGUGCUGGGCACGGUGAAGGAGGUGUCCAUCGGGCCGACGAGCCUCAUGGCGCUGUUCACGCUGCAGAUCUGCCGCGGCCUGCCCGUGGAGUUCGUAGUGCUGCUCACCUUCCUGUCGGGCUGCGUCGUGCUCAUCAUGGGGCUGCUGCGGCUGGGUUUCUUGGUGGAGCUGAUAUCUCCGUCGGUGACGAGCGGGUUCACGUCAGCCACGGCUAUCAUCAUCGUGGCGGCGCAGCUCAAGGGGCUGCUCGGGCUGAGCUUCACGGCGGAGUCCGUCGGCGACAACAUUCGGCUCAUUGUCACCAAAUGGGACGACAUUCGCUACGCGGACUGUGCCCUGGGCGCCGUCUGCUGCACCGUGCUGCUCCUGCUGCGGAAGCUGAAGGACGUGCGCGUGCGCAGCCCCCGCGUGGGGCGCGCGCUGUGGCUGGUGUCCAUCGGCCGCAACGCGCUGGUGGUGCUGGCCGCGUCGUCCUUCGCGUACCUCACGCACCACCCCAACCAGCCGCUGUUCAAGCUCUCCGGUCGCGUGGAGCCGGGACUGCCGCGGCUGUCGGCGCCGCCCUUCAGCGCCUCCGUGGACAACAGCACCGUGACCUUCGUGGACAUGGUGCAGCAGCUCGGCUCCGCCGUCAUCAUGCUGCCCAUCGUCAUGGUGCUCGCCAACAUCGCCAUCGCCAAGGCUUUCUGCGCGGGCGGGCGCGUGGACGCCACGCAGGAGAUGGUGACGCUGGGGCUGUGCAACAUGGCGGGCGCGCUGGUGCACGCCAUGCCCACGUGCGGCGCCUUCACGCGCUCCGCCGUCUCGCACUCCAGCGGCGUGCGCACGCCCGCCGCCGGACUCUACUCCGUUAUUAGGCACAUAGACCUCCUCAGCAAACCAAAAAUUGUGGACGUGCGCUCCGUGGCCCGGCUGUGGCGGCGCGACCGGCGCGAGCUGGCCGUGCUGGCGCUCACCUUCUGCGUCAGCAUCGUGCGCACCGUGGAGCUGGCCGUGCUGGCCGGCGCCGUGGCCUCGCUGGCCGUGCUGCUGCGCCAGCUCAUGCGGCCCGACAUCCAGCUGCACUGCGUCAAGACGGCGCACGGCGAGGCGGUGCGCGUGCGGCCGGCGCAGGGCCUGCUGUACGUCAACGGCGAGCUCGUGGCGCGCCGCCUGCAGGCCGCCGCCGCGCGCGCCGCGCCGCGCCCCGUGCUGCUCGACUGCGCGCAUCUCGCCAUGCUGGACUACGCCGCCAUGCAGGUCCUGGAGCGGCUCAUAAAGAAAUUGAAGGCCGACGAGCAGCUACUGAUCAUGUACAACGUGGCCGAGCCGCUGGUGGCCAGGUUCGAGCUUCUGGAGGGAGUGGAGCGGCGCGGACUGCGCGCCACGUCCGCGGCGGAGGCGCUGGCCAGCGUGGCGGGGGCGCCGGCGCCCGCCCAGCUCGCGGCCGGCGAGGACAGCGCCGCGCUGCUGGCGCCCGGCGAGCCCGAGCCGGACGCACUGCAGCCCUAGCUGGCACGCAGGCGGGGAGGCGGCAAGGGCAGGGCUACUUGCGUUUGGUUAACGUUUGUCUAACUAAAGACAAUGCUCAAAAAUGUAUAAACCCCA